AUGCUAGUGCCGCCGCAAGGUCAUCGUGUUAGCACUCUGCGCCCUCACAUCGACGGCAACAGCUGGGGCUAUGGCGGUGGCCAUGGAGCGAUCAUCUUGGCUGGAGACGGUGGUGGUUAUGGAGGAGGCGGACAUGGUGGUUACAGCAAAGUGGUGCCUGGACCCUCAUUCCUCGUGAGCACGGUGCACCACGUGCACAAGAUCAGCCACGGUGGGGCCAUCAUCGGCGGCUACGACUUGGUAUCCCGCGGCGGAGGCUAUGGAGGAGGCCAUGGAGGAGGCUAUGGAGGUGGCUACGGCGGAUACGGUGGACACGGAUGGUAA